UGGCUUUCGCUACGACUCUCUCUAUUAAUUCAAUUUCUAGAACUGGUCGAACUUUCACUUAAUGGAACUGAUGGUGAUGAUAACAUAGGAAAAGACUGCUGUCACCAGUAAACGAAAUGUUUCCAUCGUUCAAGAAAGCCUUUACUCUUUUAAUCGUCGUAACUGCCGCUUCGAUUACUUAUACACUGCUGAAAACGGAUUUAUCUUCCCUUCUUAAUCAAAUGUUUAGAAACCAACGAUCAGAUCUCAGUGAGUAUCUUUCUUUGGAUUUAAACGAGAACUCAGAUGAACUCGACGCUUCGCUAUCUUCAAUCAAAUGCAAGCCAUACAGGUUAGACAGAGUUGAUUAUGAACAAGCCUAUAAAUAUUAUGGAAAACCAGACAAAGAAGAAAGAAGAUGCGACGACGUUCAUUUCCCAGACAUCUGUGCGUUCUAUGUAUCCAAAUUUGGAGAACAUAAACUGUCAUGUGACUCAAAGGUUUGCGGCUCAUCACGUGUUCAAAUGGGCUGCAUAAAUCCAAAUAUGGGAAAAAUUUCUGAAUGGACGGAUUUAUCAAAGGAAACUAUAGUUACUACGAUGGAAAAAGCUGUGGAAACGAGUAGGAAAAACGGGUUUGGAUUUCUGUUUCUUAGGUGUGGAAAUAUUCUUCAGGUCCUAACCUUUCCGCCAGUGUUGCAGGAAGUUGAAGGUGGCGACAACAGGAAACAGAUCAGUGUAAAUGUGAUCAGCAUGGAUUCUCUCUCCAGGCCACAUUUUUACCGAAGUCUUCCGAGAGCAGUCGAGGCUCUACGCAAGAUAAGAAAUAAUUUUAAAAUCAGUGCCACCGCCCUAGACUUUCAGAAUUUCCAGGCUAUCGGAGAACAAACUUUUGACAAUUUGAGGCCGUUUUUUUGUGGUGUUGUAAAAGAUGACAACAUUCUUACUGACACCUUCAGGACCUCAAAGUAUUCUUUAGGCGUAGAGGUCUUGUAUGGGACUUUUAAGAAAUGGGGCUACCAGACGCUUUUUCAAGAGGAUCUCGUUUGGUUUGACUAUUGGGGAAUCAUCCUGACAGACCUUGAAUUAAGAUCAAAGCCGACUGUAGAUUCAGGAUUCGUGGCAAGGUGGACUGAAUUCAAAGAAAAGAUGAGUAAGAAAAACAUCGAUGAUUUUGGCAUGACGCAUUUUUCUGGGCCAUUACUGAACCUAAGAUACGGUGAAACAAACCAUUUCGAAAGUCCCCCCAAAGUGUGCUUAAAUGGUCAGUUCUUCAGUAAAUAUUUUAUGGAUUACAUACAGACGGUUCACACCGCCAUUAACAACGAUUCUCGGACCAAACCACUAUUUUCGUUCAUUCACUUCAACACGGGACACGAACAUACUGGUCAGCGGAUUAGAAACACGGACGCCCAUUUAACAAAGUUCUUGACCAACAUGGCUAAAUUGCCGAACACUCUCACUAUGUUAGUUUCUGACCAUGGAAAUAAAAAUACGCGGUACAGCUACAAGACUGAGGUAGGAAAGAGAGAAGUUUAUGACCCAAUUGCUUUUAUGAUCAUUCCCGAUGGUGUCGCGAGAAGUCUGGGCGAGCAGAGGAUGGCUGCCUUGGCAGAAAAUCAAAGACGGCUUUUCACUUUUCUAGACGUACACAGAGCACUUAUGAGUUUAAACGAUCCGAAGAAAAUGCAUUCACGAGAUCCUCUGGUUGCAGGCAUAUUUGCAGUCUUACCCGCGAGUCGCACAUGUUCAGACUUGGACCUUAUGCCACAAGCCAGAUGCAAGUGUGAAAUCAGCGAAAAUUAUAAUUCGGUAGAAGACAACUCGGACAGUCUAAAGUGGUUGGCAGAAUUUGCCGUUGGAGCUUUAAACGAAGCCAUACAAAAACAGCAUAUGGGAGGUGAAGUUGAUAAGCAGUUGUCAUCGAACAAAUAUGGAUUCGGAAACUGUCAGCGUCUGGUGGGAAAAUCUUUUGCAAACAUUGCACAACUCUCUCAAGGAGACAAUGUUACCACGACAAUGGAUUUACGCGUAGUCCCUCCGAAUGGACACAAAGAGGAUGAAAUUUUUAAGGUUUCUGUCAAGCAGCAGGCUAAAACAAAAGACAAAGUUUGGUUAACGAGUUUCAUCCGGGUCUCUAGGUACAGCAAAUUUAAGUCAUGCGCAGAUAAGUCAGUUGACAUUAAGCUGUGUGCAUGCGUCACACAUCAAACCGCUGAAGCUAUGAACAGCAGUGAAAAGCUUGUCAAUGUCGCCAUUCCAACCGAAAUGUUUGGUUCAAAAACUAUCAUAAAAGACCUCCACUCAAGAUGUCUCUUAAUCCUCAGACGAAAUCACGGAAUAUUUUCUUUCGCGCUGGAAGUAACCAACGUGUGUUUAAACAGAACUUACAAAACUGAAUUAGCCGGCUCUUCAAGAGAAAUAGUUACUUCCAAUAAACUGCCUAUUAAUCUUGAGAUAAGUCCAAGGACGUUUUAUUUCUUGACAUCAGUGAAAAGAGAAACCUCUACAGAAAUUAUUUCUUUGAAAUUUUAUGCAAAUGUGAAAGUCAGGUUUGCUAACUUCGACGAGUUUAAGGAUUUGGGCAAAAUCGACGUCUUGUGA